CUGAUUCCGGGGGGUCGGCCAUCUGCUGUAACCACAGCCAGAGCCACGUCAUAUUUGUGUGCCGCUGUCGAGCGAGCUACGAGCUGGCUCUUUAUCUUCCCCCGCGGGUUUUUCUACGUAAAGUCACAUCCCCGCGACCGCAAACAUGAAUAUAUUCCGACUGCUGGGCGAUCUAUCGCAUCUUUUAGCCAUUAUCAUACUACUUUUAAAGAUAUGGAAGACACGGAGCUGCGCCGGUAUUAGCGGCAAAUCACAGAUCCUCUUCGCGAUUGUUUAUACUACCCGUUAUUUAGACCUGUUCACCACAUUCAUCUCGGCAUACAACACAUUCAUGAAGAUCGUAUUCAUUGCUGCGUCUCUCGCCACAAUUUUCUUGAUGUACAUUAAGUUCAAAGCUACGUAUGAUCAUAAUCAUGACACGUUCAGGAUCGAGUUCCUGAUUUUACCAGCGUUUAUAUUAGCACUGCUGAUCAAUCACGAGCUAUCCUUCAUCGAGGUUUUGUGGACAUUCAGCAUUUAUCUAGAGUCAGUGGCAAUAUUACCGCAAUUGUUCCUGGUAUCGAAAACGGGCGAAGCAGAAAGCAUUACCAGCCAUUAUUUGUUCGCAUUGGGAUCAUACAGAGGCUUAUAUCUGUUUAACUGGGUCUACCGCUACUACGCCGAAGAUCAUUACGACUUGAUCGCUAUAGUCGCCGGAUUGGUGCAGACAGUUCUCUAUUGUGACUUUUUCUACCUCUAUAUUACCAAAGUACUCAAAGGCAAGAAGCUACAACUACCUGCUUAGCUUCACUUGAGAGUAUUAUCCUUUUGUAUCGGAGAAUUGUUCAACUGUCUCUGUGGCAUCGCCAAUUUGAGAUAAAUUCGGGCAAUCAUGGGAGGCUUAUGAAAUGUGCACAAUGAUGUGCAUUUCCACAAAGUAUGAAUUGUCUGGCAUCCCCUUUCCACAAACUUUCUUCCUUCCUUCCAUCGUCCCUCGUACGAUGCCAUGUGCUGCGUCUCCUUAUCAUAGGAUG